UAAACUAAAAAGGGUACAACUAAUAAGGCAAAAACACACAAUAAAAAUAGUUAAUAUUUAUGAUAUAUGCCUUUAUUUGGCAGGUAGAUACUACUUUUUUGCAUACUUCUGUUUUCCCCUUAUCAUUGCUUUUUUAGGCUGAUGAUAUUCUCAAUUUACAAAAUGAGGACACUAAAACCCUGACAAUAGUCUCAAACAAUUGCCUAACGUCCUCAAUUACUAAGUAGUAGGACUAAAAUUUGGUAUUUGUUCUGAUAUCCCUUCAAAAACUUUAAGGCAGCAUGUAUCCCCCUAGAGUUACUUUUUCUGAGAUCAAUGUUCCAAGUUUCUCUAAAUGCCCUCUAUAGGUGAGUUUUUGGGCCCUGAUCAUCUGCUUUGAUCAAGUCCAUUUAAAAAUGUAUUGCUUAGGGCGGGGUCGGGCGGUUUGAAAGAGACGAAGACGGAACCGGAGCCGGGCGCGGGCAGUGGACGCGGUUCGCCGAGAGCUGAAGAUGGCAGUGAACGUAUACUCCACGUCAGUCACCAGUGAUAACCAAAGUCGACAUGACAUGCUGGCCUGGAUCAAUGAGUCUCUGCAGUUGAAUCUGACAAAGAUUGAACAAUUAUGCUCAGGAGCUGCCUAUUGUCAGUUUAUGGACAUGCUAUUCCCUGGCUCUGUUGCUUUGAAGAAAGUGAAAUUCCAAGCUAAGCUAGAACAUGAGUAUAUCCAGAACUUCAAAAUACUACAAGCAGGUUUUAAGAGGAUGGGAGUUGACAAAAUAAUUCCUGUGGAUAAAUUAGUAAAAGGAAAAUUUCAGGAUAAUUUUGAGUUCRUGCAGUGGUUCAAGAAGUUUUUUGAUGCAAACUAUGAUGGAAAAGACUAUGACCCUGUAGCUGCCAGACAAGGUCAAGAAACCGCRGUUGCUCCCUCUCUUGUUGCUCCAGCUCUUAAUAAACCGAAGAAACCUCUCAGCUCSAGCAGUGCAGCCCCACAGAGACCCAUUUCAACACAGAGAACUACUGCGGCUCCUAAGGCUGGCCCAGGGGUGGUGCGAAAGAAUCCUGGUGUAGGCAAUGGCGAUGAUGAAGCAGCCGAAUUGAUGCAGCAGGUCAACGUGUUGAAACUUACUGUUGAAGACUUGGAGAAGGAG